UCACUGCGUGCGCGCCCUCGAAACGGAUAAAGUCUCUCUCUACUCUCUUCUUUCUCUGUCACUCUCUCUGCAAAAACUGCUGAAUUGAGUGCAAAAAAACAAAAAAAAAAAAAAAUGCUAGCAAACCCUAGCAGCCUCCAUAGGAGACCUCAUUGCUUACACAGCUCUGCAUUUUCGCUCUCCAAUACUCGCUUCAAGCUUUCUCUCUCCUCAAAUUGCCCUCGCUUUACCAGUUCACGAAAAUCCAAGUUCCCUUCACUGUCUCUGCUUUUCCCUAACCAAAGAAGCAAUAGGUUUAUUGCAAGAGCUUUAGAAGACUCGGAAGUUUCUGAGUCAGUGAUAAUCGAUGGGCUCCAAGCUUUCUCUCAAGCUGUCUCUGUCAAAAUCCCAUUCGGAGAUAGACAUAUUUUGGUCGAGACAGGUCAUAUUGGGAGACAAGCUAGUGGUUCUGUGAUGGUAACAGAUGGAGAAACUAUUGUCUACACAUCUGCUUGCAUGGAUGAUAUUCCCAGUGAGCCUUCCGAUUUUUUCCCUCUUUCUGUAAAUUAUCAAGAGCGCUUUUCAGCAGCAGGUCGAACUAGUGGAGGAUUUUUCAAACGAGAAGGGAGGGCAAAAGAUCAUGAGGUUCUCAUUUGUAGAUUGAUUGAUAGGCCUUUGCGCCCAACUAUGCUCAAGGGUUUCUACCAUGAGACUCAGAUACUAUCUUGGGUUUUGAGCUACGAUGGUUUGCAUUCCCCUGAUUGCUUAGCAGUUACAGCAGCUGGAAUAGCAGUAGCCCUUUCAGAAGUGCCAACUACAAAAGCUAUUGCUGGAGUUCGAGUUGGCCUUGUUGGCGAUAGAUUUAUUGUGAAUCCAACAACGAAGGAGAUGGAAGAGUCGGAGCUUGAUUUAGUGCUGGCAGGCACAGACAGCGCAAUUUUAAUGAUAGAGGGUUAUUGCGAUUUCCUCCCAGAAGAAAAGUUGCUUGAAGCAGUUCAAGUUGGGCAGGAUGCAGUACGGGCUAUCUGUAAUGAGAUAGAGGCAUUGGUGAAGAAGUGUGGGAAACCAAAGAUGCUUGAUGCAAUCAAAUUACCCCCUCCUGAGUUAUAUAAGCAUGUGGAGGAAAUUGCUGGUGACGAGUUAGUGAACGUGCUACAAAUAAGGAACAAAGUACCAAGAAGAAAGGCACUUGCAUCAUUGGAAGAGAAGGUUAUUUGUAUACUUACAGAAAAGGGAUAUGUAAGUAAGGAUGCUAGUUUUGGAACCACUGAAACAGUUGCAGAUUUGCUUGAGGAUGAAGAGGAGGAUGAGGAAGUUGUUGUGGAUGGUGAAGUAGAUGAAGGUGAUGUCCACAUAAAGCCAGUAUCACGUAAACCCUCUCCCUUGUUGUUUUCUGAGGUAGAUGUGAAGCUGGUAUUCAAAGAAGUUACAUCCAAAUUCCUGCGGAGACGAAUUGUAGAGGGAGGAAAGAGAAGCGAUGGGCGAAACCCAGAGGGCAUACGCCCAAUUAACUCAAUGUGUGGAUUACUCCCUAGGGCCCAUGGAAGUGCUCUUUUCACCCGUGGAGAAACACAGUCAUUAGCAGUGGUCACACUUGGUGAUAAACAGAUGGCACAAAGGGUCGACAAUCUUGUGGAUGUGGAUGAAUUCAAGAGGUUCUAUCUUCAGUACUCAUUUCCUCCAUCUUGUGUUGGGGAAGUAGGGCGAAUAGGAGCACCUAGUAGAAGAGAAAUUGGACAUGGAAUGCUUGCGGAGAGAGCUCUUGAACCUAUAUUGCCUUCUGAAGAUGAUUUCCCAUAUACUAUUCGAGUUGAGAGUACCAUCACUGAAAGCAAUGGCUCCUCAAGCAUGGCCUCAGUUUGUGGAGGUUGCUUGGCAUUACAAGAUGCUGGGGUCCCACUAAAGUGCUCAAUUGCUGGGGUAGCUAUGGGUUUGGUUUUGGAUACUGAAGAAUUUGGGGGUGAUGGAACACCACUUAUUCUAUCUGACAUAACAGGAUCUGAAGAUGCAUCUGGCGAUAUGGAUUUUAAGGUUGCUGGAAAUGAAGAUGGAGUAACUGCAUUUCAGAUGGAUAUAAAGGUUGGAGGAAUCACUUUACCUGUUAUGAGAAAGGCACUGCUGCAGGCAAGAGAUGGCCGGAAGCAUAUCCUUGCUGAAAUGUUGAAGUGCUCACCUCCCCCUUCUAAAAGGCUCUCUAAGUAUGCCCCAUUGAUUCAUGUCAUGAAGGUCCGUCCUGAGAAGGUUAAUAUGAUAAUUGGUUCUGGCGGGAAGAAGGUGAGGAGUAUUAUAGAAGAAACAGGAGUAGAGGCUAUUGACACAGAUGAUGAUGGAAUUGUAAAAAUUACUGCUAAGGAUUUGUCAAGUCUAGAGAAAUCCAAAUCUAUUAUCAGUAACCUUGUAAUGGUUCCAACUGUUGGUGAUAUUUAUAGGAACUGUGAGAUCAAAUCAAUAGCUCCAUAUGGAGUUUUUGUGGAGAUAGCCCCAGGUCGUGAGGGACUUUGCCAUAUAAGUGAACUGACUUCAAGUUUUCUGCCAAAGGCAGAAGAUGCUUUUAAAGUUGGAGACCGUGUUGAUGUUAAACUUAUUGAGGUUAAUGAAAAGGGACAACUUCGUCUUAGCCGCAAGGCGCUACUUCCAGAACCAACUGUAGAGAUGCCCAGUGCAAAACAAGACGCAAAUGACCAAAAGACUCUGGCCUCACAGAAGGCAACUGAUAAGAGUAAUCCUAGAAGAACUGUAAAUUCACCAAAGGAUGGUGUAAAUGAAGAGGCGACUGAGAAACUUAAGGAUAAAACCAGUGACGCAGUAGAGGAUGCUGCCGUUUUACAAAAGAAGGUUUACAAGAGGUUAGCCAGCUCAGCCAGAGAUGGGCCUAAUGUUAACAAAGACAAGCCAAAAAAAAGCAGCAAUAAAGUUGUCACAGGUGUUGCUAGCGAAGAUGGAAGUACUUUAGUGAAUGGUGAAGCCAAAAUUGGAUGAUAAGUAUACUCUCUUCUUAUUUUUGACAAGGAACUCGUUGGUCCUUGUAUUAUGGUAAAGGUGAUGGAUGAGCUGCAACUUUAACUAAAACUGAAGGUAUGGCAAUGGCACACUUACCUUCUCUCUCUCUCUCUCCAUGUAUACUGACAUACAUAUAGAUGUAUGCAUAUCCUAUCAUAGGCAGGUUCACUUUCCUAUUUUGCCAGAGAAUUAUAAUCAUGAAAAAGCAUGUACAUAUGGGAAAAUAUAUAUUCAGGUAAGAAUAGAAGUGUCGUGUUAUAGUAUCUUGCUUUAGGAGUAAAGCAGGUGAGGUGGAAAACAUAUGCUGUCAGGAAGAGCAAAAUAGGUAGAUUUAGGAGCAACUAUGGAAAGGAGAAAAUUGAUGAACAGUUAACUACUUGAUUAUCAACUGAGGAAAAGAAUAUAAAUUACUAAGAGAGGAGAAAAAGAAUAUCUGGGGUGGUGCAAAUGAUGGAAAGCUGGAGUUUAUGUAUGCGUGCAUACAUAGAAGUAUAUGUAUGUAUCAACAGUCGCGUAUAUUAUUGGUGUCACACAUGGAGAACUGUAUCAUAAUUGUCAAAAUCUGCAAAUCACUGAUUUACUCAUUUUGUACAAUUCUACCUCAUUAAUUGCUAUGACGGUGGAGUGUGAUGAAUAUAAUUAUGAUACAACUCAAAUUAGGUACUUCCGCUUGUGGGAAUCUCUCAUUCAGUUUAGCUGCCACAAUCCAUAGGAUUGAUACUUGAUGUGCAUCCGCACUACACACCGUGCUUUUAUUCUUUGAAUAACUGUUUUACACAUGCAGCUUUUGUAUUUAUUGUGAUCUUUGCAACUUAGAAAGAUUCAUAAUGUUUCAUAUCUUUGAAAUUAUUUAAUUAACAAUGCAUUUUUAACUAGAUUUUGGUUGCAAGUUUCCACUUCGGGAUCAUUGUGUUGAUGAUGAUUAAUCACUUUGUGAUCAAGUUUUCUGUUGCUUUAUGUAACUUUGGAUGCUCUUUAGAAGGCAUUAGGAACAUGUUUUCAACUGAAAUCACACUAGGGUUGAUUGUAAAACCAUGAUCAUUAUGAUUCAAUGACUGCUUGUAAAUUGAUUAUCAAUUUGAUUCCAUUCUUUUUCGUGGUUUUA